AGUGCAGGCAGUUGACCACAGUCCGGCAACUAAAAAGCACGCUUGUACCCACGCUUCUCACUUCACUAAGUUAAUGUCGAUGAUACUGGCACGCGAGACGAUACAAUUAAGACGCCCAAUUAAAAAGAAAACAUUGUCUAUGGGCGUUACGCGCGCGAUCUUAAAUUUCGAACGAAAAUAAUUUGGAAUGUGAUGUGUCUUCAGUGAUAAACUUCGUGACGGAUGAAACUUGAUUUACUGUUUCGUACUCGACUGAUUUUCAGUUGUUUUAAUUAUUAUGUUCUGAUUUUUCGGAUUUAUAACUCCAUUCUGGUGCGGAUUUCUGUCAUAAGGAAAUUUUAAUACUCUAUUAUGUUGUCCCGAAUAGCGAGUGGGAGGGGAAAAACAUGCUAACAAACAUUGGGCCCAGGGCCCAUCGACGACAUAAGACAUGGUAACGUGUCAUAACGAAGGAACGUCGCUCGGCGGUUUUCAUCUGGGCGCCCAAGAUGAGUACCGCCCGCGCGCGCCCAGCGUCUCCUCCCUUUCUCUUUACAAGCAAAAGAUCGACGCGCUCUUCGACGACUCACGCUCCAUCGCCAGCCUUCCCCAGUAUGGACCCAUGUCUGACACGGGGAGAAAAGAUAGUAAGGUGAGCAUAACACAGUCAACGGUUUUGGAAGAUGAACAUGGAUACUGUCAAACUAAAAUGAAGAAAAUCAACAAUACUGUACAAGACCGGAUAGAGAGAAUGUUUGCAGACAUGGCGGGCGAAUCCAGACUAACCGUUGAAGCCAUCGGUGUCCACGUGUUCAAUGUUCAUUAUCUUGGGUCGACGCCACUGCAGAGUAAAGUGUCAAGCCUCUCCGGUCUUCAAGACCCGCUAAGAGAUUUAUAUUUUGCUUACAAAAGAAACUUUCGCCAGAAAAGCACUUUAACCGGUCGCUUAGAAAUUUCUAAAAGUGGUCUCAAAGUCCGGUAUAAGGGAGAGAAAGGAGACUUGGAACAGUUGAACCCUUUUCCUACUAUAGCUGUCUGGUCUGCAGUCAAAUUUGUAGUUCAGCCUUUAGAAAAAGAUCCAAAUCAAUUGAGCUAUGCCUUUGUCCCUCUUAUCACUGAUCCUGAUAAUAUCGAUCGACAUGCGCUAUUUAAAACUUUAGAUUCAUCCGAAAAAAAAUAUAUCCUCUCCCACAACGAAAAUUCGCAUUCACCUCUUUUCGCUGUAGUGAUGAGGAAAAUAGGCGUCGCAAAACAACUAGAGUGCCAUGGGUUUGUAUGUCAGACGACCGAGGACGCUAUUGUUAUAGCGGCCACGCUAUACAAAUCGCUUAUGUCACAUAUGAGUCGGCAGGGCCAUACUGAUAGUAAGAAACUAAAAAAUCGCAACGGAAUAAGCUGUAUGAGUGUAACGAGUAGUUUACCAGCAAACGACAUCCCAGUGAGACCGCCACGGAAAAAACGCAGUACAUCUUCACUGAGUGGGGACAGUGAUAGAGCUGAUGGCUUCUCUGCCAGUGAAUCAUUUUGUGAAAAAUCUAAAUUAGAACGAACAAAAAAUAUAAUGGAUAUGCCAAAUUUUUCAAAUCCGUGCUUAACAAAUUUUGAACCAAAAAGAAUUACUGUUGAAGAAGUUAGAGCUAAACUGGAUACUAUAAAACAUGACACAAGUGGCAGUGAAAGCCAAGAAACCAGAACUAAAACGUCUAUUAGUAAAGGUACAUUGAGUUCGAUUCAAGUUCUUUCAUUGCCGUUACAAAACCCACAGAGCAGUAAUGAAUCUUCAGUGCGGAGUAAGGUAUCUGAAAAAAUUGAAUUAUUUCGAGAGUUAGAGAGGCGAAAAAGUAUACAGAGACCACCGACGUUACCCCCACCUGUCCCUGCUAAACCUAAAUUGCAGAGUGAGCAAACUAAGGAACCAUUGAGAAGAAGCCAAAGUGGUAGAAAAUCACUCAGCGAAUCAGGUGAUAUUCUGACCAAAGUAGCAAUUCCUCGUUCGGGAAGCUUUUUGAAUGCUGGAGGUCUUACACGUUACAAAUCUAUUGGACAACGAAAUAAUGGAAAGAAAGGCGGCGGCUCGCCGCUGGGGUUUAACGAACUGUUUAAUGAAUUUAAAGUUCAAGAAAACCUGCAUUCGAUGGAUGAAAUCUUAAAUGUAAUAAUAGAUCCAGAAGGGAUGUCUUUUAAUGAUUUGAAACCAAUUUACAAAGAAUUUUUAUUAAAGCUAGCCGUUACACUAACUAAGGAUGAAAUAUUUCAACAUAGUAAAGCAAUCAUGAAAAAGCAAAAGAAAAAGAUUUUACGACGAAACAGUACUUUUCAGAACAAAAGGAGAAAAAUAUUUAAAGGCGCUAGUGGACUACGUAUGGUAUUUAGAUUGCCGUUCGGAAAAGAUUUUAGAAAAAAAGAAAAAAAGAAGCAGCCAAACCUAUUUGAAAUACAAAACGUGCAAAACAAUGUGACGGCAAAAGAUCCAAUUUCUGAAAGUUCAGUUUCGACGUCAAGUUACGAUUUAAGGCAGUUUAGACCGAAAGAACCCGAACUUCCUGCACCAAAACGACAAAUUAGACAAAGAAAUUCCAAACGAUCUGAAAAAUCUGUUCACGUUUCAAAGAGAAGCGGAAAAGGUUCAAGAGUAGGCGAGAGAACAUCUACUUCAGAAGAUUCAGACUUUUUAACACUCAGCAAUAGGCUAGGAUGUCAAAACAGAAAUAGUUCGAGUGGAUACGUCUCUUGUUCUGAAUGUGAAUCAGAAAGCUGUAUAGAUAGAUGUUAUUGUUCGUUGAAAGCGGACUAUAAGCCUAAAUGUUGUUGUCCAGCAGAAACUGGCAAGGAUUCGGCGAAAGCGAAAUUAUUGGGGAAAAACUGUAAAGAAUGCUCGAAAGAGCUGUUCGACGGCGACUACAGCUACUGCUCCUGCGACUCGGAGAGCUGCGCCGACAGCAACAAGUGCUACUGCACCGGCCCGCGCCGCGCCGUGCAGAGCUCGCAGAGUCUGGAGUACCUCAAGGCUCCCUCCACCAAGACUUACUCCGACAGGCUCAAGCGCACCUUUGACGAUUACGACGGAAAGACUAGGACCAGGUCGGGGGCGUCGAGUCGUCGUCGGGAAGAGCGGCGGCGCGCGAAGAGCUCCGACAGCCUGGCGCUGGACUACGAGCUGCUGCUGCAGAACAAGCCGCGGGACACGCGCGCGCGGAACAUGCAGCGACUCACGGUGCGGAGUACCGGCGCCGGUUCCCAAGACGCUCUGAGUGUGAAGAAGUCCGCAGAGAUGGCGGCGCUGUUCGCGGACGUGCGACUGUCGCAGCGCACCGACGUGCGCUCCAUGGCCGGAGGGCGCAGGGCCAGGCCUCCGCCCCUCGCGCCGCCGGGCGUGCCGCCUGUAGCGAAGCUCUUCGACCACCGACCGCUUAGUAGGAACGCUAGCUUAGAAGACACUUUAGGAUACUUUCCCUGACAUAUGUAAAUUGUUUUUACUAGGCCUAGCAUUGACGACAUUAUCUCGUGAAGAGAAAGACACACUGCCGACCAGUAGCGGCGAAGUUC